CGUGCGGUGGCGUGUUUCGUCGGCCGCCCGAUCACGAGCCUAUUUAUAUGACACCGUACCGCGGUUCAGCCUUACUGUAUCAGUUUGACCGCUCCAGCAGACGCACGAGCACGGCGCAGGGCGACCUGUGUGCUGCUCCUUCAGUAAGCCAGCUAGUAACUCCUUCCGGUUCGGUGUGGUGUUCGUUGUGUUGUGGGUUUUGAUCGUUACAAAAGUUACGUUACGUUACUUCUGGUGUGAUAUUUAAGUAAACCGUGCUCAAACCGGAAGUGAUCGAGUUUUAAAUGAUCGUCUGAAAACAAAAGAUCCUCGCACCGAAUAGUAGUCGUGUGUUGAAGUUUACUGUUAAAAAUUGUGUAACUGGUGUAUGUUUGUGGUUCAAAUUUUUGGUACCAAGUUCAACAGCACCGGAGGACAUCCGUUGUGACAUAUUCAAACCAGACGAAUAAAAAGAAGAAGAAAAAACAACACAAAAAUGAGCUUUCAACGACGAACCUCAGAAAAGACGACGGAGCUGACGGCUUCCGUGCCGGUAAAGUUGCUCACCGCCGGGUCAGCUGCCUGCUUUGCAGACUUUAUCACCUUCCCGCUGGACACGGCCAAAGUGCGACUACAGAUUCAAGGCGAACAGCCAGUUAGAACAGUAGCCAUGGCUCCCGCCCUCAACACAUCCGCCUCACUCAAACUCAAUCCGACUCCCGUACCGGCGACCCAGCACGUCCAGUACCGAGGUCUAGUGGGUACGCUGACCACCAUCACCAGACAGGAAGGCUUCCGGACACUGUAUAAUGGGCUGUCCGCUGGUCUACAGCGUCAGCUGUGCUUCUGCUCCAUUCGCUUAGGGCUGUACGAUACCGUGAAAACGUUCUACGGUUCCCUGCUUAAAGAAAAUGAAGCUGGUCUUCAGAUUGGAACUCGAAUCUUAGCCGGUUUAACGACGGGUGGUGCCGCAGUCAUGAUCGCACAACCAACAGAUGUGGUAAAGGUACGGUUUCAAGCGGCCACACGCUCAUCGACCGGACGUCGGUACGCUUCUACACUCGAAGCGUACCGGACGAUACACCGGGAGGAAGGGAUGCGCGGCCUGUGGAAGGGAGCGAUGCCGAACGUGGGUCGUAAUGCGAUCGUCAACGUGGCGGAGAUCGUUUGUUACGACGUGGUGAAGGACUGUCUACUACUCUACGCACACAUGCCCAACGACAUCCGGUGUCACUUUUCGGCCGCGGUUGUAGCGGGACUGGCCGCAACAAUCGUCGCCUCACCGGUGGACGUGGUGAAGACGCGCUACAUGAACUCGCCCCGCGGACAGUACCGUGGUGCAUUGGACUGUGCCAUCCGGAUGGGCGCUAAGGAAGGUGUGGCAGCAUUCUACAAAGGCUUUGUACCUUCGUUCGCACGGCUCGUCUCGUGGAACGUGGUCAUGUGGAUCAGUUACGAGCAGCUGAAACUGGUCAUCUUUAACCGAAGCUAAUGGCAAGCCGCAAAUGAGCGGUCCGGACGCUAGAUGCGUCCGUAAAAAGAUCCUUUAGCUCAGUGGCUCACGUGUACACACUUCCGGAUUGUACCUAGCGCAAACGAAGUGUUCUGGUGUAUAGAUAUUUUAACAACAUGGAUUAAAGCUAGAUUUUUAUAACGCGGUAUGACUGCGACCAUGUGUGACCGAGUCAGAGCAACAGGAUCAAGGGAAUGGAAACGGAUCGACCGGAUAGUGUCGAUCAGUACACAAUCAAUUGCAGCAAUUGCAAGAAAAAGUGCGCGUUUCCCAUUUGAUCCCGAUCGUUCAACAAUUCCACUUGAGCUUUUGCUUUUCUUUUACGAAUGUGAUAAUAAGUAUGUACGUGUAUGUGUAUGUGUGAAGGAAAAAUGUAUGUCAUGUCUUAAUUGUAAAAAAAAUAAUAAACGCUGAAGAAGAAUCAACCAUA